AUGUCAAGAGAUAGUCCUAUAUCUGGAAAAGUGGAGUCCCCCAAGGAGAUUCAUAGGACAAAAAAACCUUUGGACCUAAACGAAGUGGAGAUGGUUUUUGGCACGCCGAAUUCACCGAAAAGUGGCGUUAAACCGGACGUGCAUCUCAUAACUAACGAGAGGAAUCAUAUAAAGGAGACGGCCAGUAACCAUAAGAACAACAUCGAUGUACACAAUGGCGAAACCAUUCAACCCACGCAACCACUGUUAGAACCACAUAGAGAGAGACAGAAACCGCCUCUGGCUGGCCCUGAAAUCGAUGACUUGGACGACGGGAAGCCCACAGACGCAGCACCGUACCCUGGUAUCGACGACGGACUCCUCGAGCCGGGAGAGACGAAACCUGACGGAUACGAUGAUGAUGGCGGGGAGAAGAGCACCAGAGAGGGCUCCGGUCACCGGACGGUUGACGACGGAGUCGGAACUGAAGACGGUAAAUGGCCGUGGCACGACACCGACGAGACUGACUAUCCUUACGAUGGUGUAAACGGAUUCGGUACUCGAUUUGGCAUUGACGAUAGACCCGGCUCGCCUUUCCCGCCAGGACAAUCGAUUCCCGACGUGAACACUUACCAGCAGAAGAAGAACCUGGCGCAAGGCAUGAUGGACUUGGCGCUGCUGUCCGCCAACGCUAACCAGCUGCGCUACGUCGUGGAGUCUUCCACCAAUCAUCCAUACUUCUACCCCAGCGUCGUCUUCAUAUCGCUCAGCAUUAUCUUACAAGUGGCAGUAGGCGUGGGUCUGAUCAUGAACAGCCGCUACAACGUGAAAGACGAGAAGGACAUUUGCAAAGCGGACAAGAUCAAUAAUAUGACGGUGCUGGGCGUGUUUUUGGUCACCAUUGUCAAUGUGUUUAUCACGUCGUUCAGUGUUGCCACGCCUAACACUGGUGGUGCUGUCGAUGGCAUGGUGAUACAACAAGCUGGAUAA